AUGGCUGACUACGAAUCUAUCUUAGCUGUCAAGCCGGAGGUAUUUGUUUUCCAGCUUCCCCCUAGACAAUCCAAUAGGGGAUACAGAGCCGCAGACUGGAGCUUGACAAAGCCUGAUUGGACUGGAAGAAUGAGAAUUAUAGCGAAAGGGAAACAGUGUAUCGUAAAGUUGGAAGAUAAGUCAGGAGAACUUUUUGCUGCGUGUCCAAUAGACAAGUAUCCUGGAGGAUUAUCAGUAGAAUCAGUAACUGAUAGUAGUCGAUACUUUGUACUGAAAAUAGUAAAUGAAAAUGGCCAACAUGCGUUUAUUGGUAUCGGCUUUGCGGAUCGCAGCGAUUCUUUCGAUUUUAAUGUGACAUUACAGGAGCAUUUUAGAUGGCUUAAAACUAGCGAAAGCAUUGCUCAACAAAGUAAUGAACCUGAGAAGCCAAAGUUGGAUUUAAGCUUAAAGGAAGGGCAGACAAUCCAUAUAAACCUGAAAUCAAAAAAAGAUGGAGAAUCUUCUAAUGCUCGUAAACCUGCAGCAGGUGCUGGAAUGGGAUUCCUUCCUCCUCCUCCAACUUCCAAGAACCAAAACCCCCAACCGGUUUCAGCCCCUGCUGCCGACUUUCAACCUGCGUCACAGCAAAGUAAUCAAGGUUUAACAGAUUUUAAUGUUUUUUCUAAUCCCUCAGGUUCAACGGGAUGGAAUUCUUUUCAAUCGGCUGGGUAA